AUGCGUUCAUACCUGGCAAACGAUCAGUUUCCACCUUUGAAGAAUGACCUUCUUUUGCGGGCAGCAAGAGGAGAAGAGCCAACUGAGCGUGCGCCUGUAUGGAUAAUGCGGCAGGCUGGGCGAUACCUUCCUGGAAGAGUUCAGAGAAGUCAGAAAAUCCAUGGGUUUUUCGAAAUCUGUCGCACGCCGGAGCUAGCAACUGAAAUCACCCUUCAACCUAUUCGGCGUUAUUCUGGUCUAUUGGAUGCAUCUAUCAUAUUCUCCGACAUCCUCGUAAUCCCUCAGGCUAUGGGGCUUGUGGUCGAGAUGCAUGACGGUGGUGGCCCAUUCUUUCCCCAACCACUUGUUGCACCAGAUGAUCUCGAUCUCAAACGAUUGCGUGAGAAUGUUGAUGUCGAUCAAGAGCUUGGAUACGUGUUUGAUGCGAUUACAAUGACGCGAAAAGGCUUGAAGGGAGAGGUGCCGUUGAUCGGAUUUUGUGGUGCUCCAUGGACAUUGAUGUGCUAUAUGGUUGGGAGCUCGAAGUCCCUGCCAAGUACCAAGCAAUGGAUCUUCAAAUAUCCCGAAGAGUCCAAGAAGUUAUUGGAGAAAAUCACGAAAGUUUGCGUAGACUUUUUGGUAGGGCAAGUCAAGGCUGGAGCGCAACUCCUCCAAGUAUUUGAUUCAAACGCAGGAGACCUGAGCCCCCAUGACUUCGCUACUUUCUCUCUUCCUUACCUCAAAGUCAUUGCCGAAUCUGUUCGCCACAAUCUUGAACCACAACCCGCCCAUCCCGAUCCCUCCGAUGACAUUAUUCGCCAAAGGUGCAGGACACGCCCUACCGGAUCUGACCAAGGCGGCUACGACGUGCUUGGUCUCGACUGGGUAACAUCUCCCGAAUCUGCGAUCGCUGCAACUGGUGGGCAAUCGAGAAAAGUAGGGCUUCAAGGCAACAUCGAUCCAGCUAUUCUGUACGGUGGCCGUGAAGCUAUUGAGAGAGAGGUUAAACCAAUGGUGGAAAAACGCCAUCAUACACAUCCAAAGUCUGCCCUCGAACUCGAUUUGCAUCGGAAUCUAGAAACCGCGCUAUAUAACCCUCUCGCCAUCUCUGCAGAUCUCCCUCGCCCUACCAUAUUCCUUAACUCUGCCCUUGGCAGUUCAUUAAUAAUUAAAAUAAUUAAAAUAAUUGGAAAAAUGUCUUUCGACUGUAGUGCUCCCUUCAUUGCUUAUUCUCUCCUUUCUACUUUUUCUACUAUUACCGAAAAUGAACGCGACGCAACCCAGGUUAUUAUUGAGCUUCUUCCAUGUUAUGAUGUAUUAACUGGAGAAUUACAUGUGACGCAUGAGGCUCAUAUCGUCGCCUGCGUUUUCCUUGAAGAAUUCCGUGCCAUGGCAAGGCGACAUUGUUAUAUCCAGGAGGGCUCCCUCGAUAAUGUGGUCUGUGAUUAUUCUUCCCCUCGUCCGCCAUCUGUCCCAAAACGAGUACAACGACAUCCGUCGUACUAUCGAAGAUGCGGACGCGCUACUCUCCCACCCACUCCGGUUCUUAACGAGCUGCUCAACAAGUGGCGUCUUCGAAAUUUCGAGAUUGUUAGCGAGUGGCAUUCAUAUCCUGUGGAAGGUGUCGAGGAAUACCGAUUUGGCUUGGAACUGCCGAAUGGGGCCCAGCUAGAAGAAGUCUUGAUGCCAUUGCCAUAUCCAACUAAACAACAGAGCACGACUCGGGCUAUUCUACCGAAGACGAGGGUCCUAAAUCCAGACAUGAACGCAGACGCAAACGCCAUACACAUUCGCAUGACAAGGAAUCCAGCAAACCACGACCGGUACCCCGCUCAGAAGGCACAAGGGAACUCGCUCUUAAAUCAAGAACGAAGCCCAAGUCAAAACGCUUCUUCCUGCCUAGAUUCACCAGCUCCCGUACCUCCUCGGAUACCGCUCACGACUCGAGUGAUAAUUCCGACUCGUCCCGCUCUUUCGAUGGUCAAUAUCGGAGGUAUCCAAACUUUAUUGAGCGUGGAGAUGAGAUGGAAUGCCUAUGCGAGACAGGAGACAUAUGUCUCUUACAUGCCGAGGGACACCCGAGGGAUUCUGAGACCAGUGCUAGGGUUCCUCAUCGGAAGAGACUUGUUAAUCUCGUUAAAACUGCAAUGA